CCGUGCGGGCGGUGGAGCCUCCGGGGACGAGCGCGCCCGGUCUCGCCGCCCCUUCCUGCAGCUGCCCCUCGGGCCUCGCCGUCUCGGCCCCUCGGCCCGCUGGUAGCGCGUCUAUGAGAGCCCAGCCGGGCUAGAGCCUCGGGCCUGGCCUGCGCGGCGGCCCUCCAGGCCGGCCCCCGCCCUGACACACCCCCUGGGCCCCGCCGUGCAGGCCGGCGCCCUGCUCUGUCGUUCAGCAUCGCCGCGGUAGCUGCCGCCGUCCCGACGGUCCGGCCAACCCUGCCGUGCUUCCUUCCCGGCCAUGCAGCCCGGGCACGCCGGUACUGGCCAUGCAGCCUGGGCUCCUGUGCCACGCAGCAGGCUCUGCCCCGUUACCGCCCCUCCGCCAGCCCCUCAGCUUGUUCGCUGCUGCAGGGCCCCCUCUCUUAGUGCCCCCCGCCCCGUGCUUUUCCUUCCCCGUGUCCUCGGGUGACGCUGUCUCGGAGCGGGAUGAGGACAGUGCACACGGGGCGAGAGCCCUCGGGGGAGUGUCGCGGUGGCGGCUUGGAGAGUUGGCGGCUGAACAGAAAAAUGAUCCCCCAUUUCAACUGAAACUUCCUCCAAAGGCAGCUAGACCUGAAAAAGAAGUUGACCCAGAAUACGAAGAGAAGAUGAAAGCAGACCGAGCAAAAAGAUUUGAAUUCCUCCUGAAGCAGACAGAGCUUUUUGCACAUUUUAUUCAGCCUGCAGCACAAAAAUCACCAACAUCUCCACUGAAAGUUAAACUGGGUCGUCCACGGAUGAAGAAAGAUGAAAAACAGAGUCUGAUUUCAGCUGGAGAUUAUCGUCACAGGCGCACAGAGCAAGAAGAAGAUGAAGAGCUGUUGUCAGAGAGUCGGAAGACAUCUAAUGUGUGUAUUCGAUUUGAGGAGUCCCCUUCAUAUGUGAAAGGAGGAACACUAAGAGAUUAUCAGGUUAGAGGUUUGAACUGGAUGAUCUCAUUGUAUGAAAAUGGUGUUAAUGGCAUUCUGGCAGAUGAAAUGGGUCUCGGUAAGACUCUGCAAACCAUAGCAUUAUUAGGCUAUCUGAAGCAUUACCGAAACAUUCCUGGGCCACACAUGGUCCUGGUUCCAAAAUCAACUUUGCACAACUGGAUGAACGAAUUCAAGCGCUGGGUUCCAUCAUUACGUGCUGUUUGCCUUAUUGGAGAUAAAGAUGCCAGAGCUGCUUUUAUCCGUGAUGUUAUGAUGCCUGGUGAAUGGGAUGUUUGUGUUACCUCAUAUGAAAUGGUAAUUAAAGAGAAAUCAGUCUUCAAAAAAUUUAACUGGAGAUACCUGGUGAUUGAUGAAGCCCACAGAAUAAAGAAUGAGAAGUCAAAGUUGUCAGAGAUUGUACGUGAGUUCAAGACAACAAAUCGAUUGCUGCUUACAGGAACUCCUUUACAGAAUAACCUCCAUGAGCUGUGGGCAUUACUCAAUUUUCUCUUACCCGAUGUCUUCAAUUCUGCAGAUGAUUUUGAUUCAUGGUUCGACACUAAAAAUUGUCUUGGUGAUCAGAAACUUGUAGAAAGACUUCAUGCUGUUUUGAAGCCAUUUUUAUUACGUCGCAUAAAAGCUGAAGUAGAAAAGAGUUUGCCUCCAAAGAAGGAAGUAAAAAUUUAUCUUGGGCUCAGCAAAAUGCAGAGAGAAUGGUAUACAAGGAUCCUGAUGAAAGAUAUUGAUAUCCUGAAUUCAGCUGGGAAAAUGGAUAAGAUGCGGCUGCUGAACAUUCUGAUGCAGCUGCGGAAGUGCUGUAACCAUCCUUAUCUGUUUGAUGGUGCUGAGCCGGGCCCUCCUUACACCACUGACACGCAUCUCAUCACUAACAGUGGUAAAAUGUUAGUUCUGGAUAAACUGCUGGCAAAACUCAGAGAGCAAGGUUCCAGAGUUCUGCUUUUUAGUCAGAUGACUCGCUUACUGGAUAUUUUGGAAGACUAUUGCAUGUGGCGUGGAUAUGAGUACUGCCGACUUGAUGGGCAGACACCACAUGAAGAGAGAGAGGAAGCAAUAGACACAUUUAAUGCUCCCAACAGCAGUAAAUUCAUUUUCAUGCUGAGUACCAGAGCUGGAGGUCUUGGAAUUAAUUUGGCAACUGCCGAUGUGGUUAUUCUCUAUGAUUCAGAUUGGAACCCUCAAGUAGAUCUCCAAGCCAUGGAUCGUGCGCAUCGUAUUGGUCAAAAGAAACCAGUACGGGUGUUUCGACUUAUCACUGAUAAUACUGUUGAAGAGAGGAUUGUAGAAAGAGCUGAAAUAAAACUGAGACUGGACUCUAUAGUUAUACAACAAGGAAGGCUCAUAGACCAACAGUCUAACAAACUGGCAAAAGAUGAAAUGCUGCAGAUGAUCCGUCAUGGAGCCACACAUGUUUUUGCUUCCAAAGACAGUGAACUGACAGAAGAAGACAUAACCACUAUUUUAGAAAGAGGUGAAAAGAAGACAGCUGAAAUGAACGAACGAUUGCAGAAAAUGGGGGAGAGCUCCUUAAGAAAUUUCACUAUGGACACAGAGAUGAGCUUAUACAACUUUGAAGGUGAAGACUAUAGAGAAAAACAAAAGCUGAGCAUGAUGGAAUGGAUAGAGCCUCCGAAACGAGAACGUAAAGCUAAUUACGCCGUUGAUGCUUAUUUCAGAGAAGCUCUACGUGUCAGCGAACCAAAAGUCCCAAAGGCUCCACGACCUCCAAAACAACCAAAUAUUCAGGAUUUCCAAUUUUUCCCACCACGGUUAUUUGAACUUCUGGAAAAAGAAAUUCUCUAUUAUCGUAAGACUAUAGGAUAUAAGGUCCCCAGGAAUCCUGACCUCCCAAAUGCAGCUCAGGUACAAAAAGAGGAGCAAAAGAAAAUAGAUGAGUCUAUGCCUCUGAAUACUGAGGAAACUGAAGAGAAGGAAAAGCUUCUAACACAGGGUUUUACAAACUGGAAUAAAAGAGAUUUUAACCAGUUUAUUAAAGCUAAUGAGAAAUACGGUCGUGAUGAUAUAGACAAUAUUGCCCGUGAGGUGGAGGGAAAGUCACCUGAGGAGGUCAUUGAGUAUUCAGCUGUUUUCUGGGAACGUUGUAAUGAACUGCAGGACAUUGAGAGGAUUAUGGCUCAAAUUGAACGAGGAGAGGCAAGAAUUCAGCGGAGGAUCAGUAUCAAGAAAGCCCUCGAUGCCAAAAUUGCAAGGUAUAAAGCACCUUUUCAUCAGCUGCGUAUUCAAUAUGGAACAAACAAAGGCAAAAACUACACAGAAGAGGAAGACAGAUUUUUGAUAUGCAUGCUACACAAGAUGGGCUUUGACAAAGAGAAUGUGUAUGAGGAGCUGAGGCAGUGUGUGCGUAAUGCUCCUCAGUUCAGAUUUGACUGGUUUAUCAAAUCUAGAACUGCAAUGGAGUUUCAGAGACGCUGCAAUACUCUGAUAUCAUUAAUAGAAAAAGAAAAUAUGGAAAUUGAGGAGAAAGAAAGAGCUGAAAAGAAGAAAAGAGGAGCAAAAGUUACAGCAUCACAGAAGAGAAAAGCAGAUUUGGCGACUGAGAACUCUGGAAAAAAGGAUGCUAAGAAAGUGAAGUCGUAAACCUGAAAACUGAAUGCUGAAUAGAAAACUGCCAUUUGUUCCCUCCAUCUACAAGUAUUAAUUGCCAACUUCUUUGUAUUCAUGGUACUCUCCCCCAAAUCCCAUCAUUUAUUUUUGCAAAUUUUGUAUACUUUACAAUGUCUUUCUUUACCUAAAAUGUGUAGCUUUCUAUCUUAUGCAUUCCAGUAUUUUUGUGUACUGUAUUUUGUGAGUUUCUUGUCUUCUGCAAAAUUCACUCAGUCCUUGUUUUUUUGAAGCUUGUGCUGAGGUUUUAGCUUUUAUAUGUUUUAUAUGCUGCUGCUUUGAAAGAAAACCUAGAUUCUAUAGCUGUAUUAUUGUUGUUUCAUAUUUUAAAUUUAUAUGGCUGUUGGAAAAUAAAGUGACUUAAUUAUUUGAAGAGAAAUAUACUUCACCUUUGUUUUCCCUACCCUCUCUCCCUUUUUUUGCGUAGCUGCAUUUAGAUGAAUGUUGUAUAAUUGUGCCUUCAUCAUUGAUCAGAUUUUUUUCAGAGGAGUACUUAGAAUCAGGAGCAUGACAGAACAAAAAAAAUCUAAUUAGACUGACAUCCUUGUUUUCUGACACCAUUGAAAGGACAUUUUUUCUCCAAAAUCUUCAGAAGGAAAGCCAGUAAAUAAUAACAUCUCUUUUUUUUUUUCUUCUCUAUGACUGGUUUCUGCUGGGCUUCAUACAUGCCUAAAUGCAGGGUGAGGUGUUUUUCAGAAUGACCUCUAGAUGAAAGCCCUUCUAUGCUUGAUAAGCUGAAGUAGUCAACAGCUUAUGUUUUUAAGUAACAUACAAAAGCAUUUAUCUUCCGGUUGGUAUGCUGCUCAGAAAUGCUGCCUUGUGCUCAAAGAUCUUUGCUCUAAUUAUCUCUGCUAAUUUUCUGCUCUUGCCUUUGAUGCAACACGUCAGUCAGAAGCAAAGGGGAUAUGUUAUGGAGUGCUCCUUUUUAGUAUUUCUGUUUUAAUGAAGGGAUGAAAGUGUUGGAUGUAUGAUUUUUUGACUUUGCAAGAAUGGCCUUUAUUAACCAGGUUCAUACUUCUGCUCACCUUGGAGUCUCUGCCUUUCCUGGAUCAGUGACUGUGACAUCUGAUGAGACUUUAAUCUUCUGUCUCUGGUGUUUAGUAUGGACCUUGCUACAGUGAGACAUGCCCUCAUAAUGUCAAGUCUAGAUUAAUGCAGUGUGCUUUACAUGGUACUUCCCUUGAAGACUACUUGUAAAUUUCUUCUAGUGCAGUUUGCUUCCUUCUGUGGUUUGAGAUGUUUUAAGAUGAAAAAAACCUCUCUUUAAGCUCUUUGUAUUUUGUGCUUUGCAUUGGCUACCUUCUUCUGUAUUUGUAAAAUUUGGGACUUUUUAUGAAGUUCUUGAAUCUUAGGACAGAGUUCUGCCUAUAUUCUUUUACAUCAUUGAAAAUAUAUUGAAAUGUCUGAAGUUUCUGGGAUUAAUCUCUGUAAACUUGAUGAGUGAUUUCCAGCCUUUCUUGAUAGUCUGUGUUUAGGGUUUGGUGCAAAAUUGAUGUGGUGACUUGGUUGAGCACUUUGAAAGAUUAGCAGUUUGAUUUAAUAUUUUGGAAUGGAGCUUUUGUUUGGGCACCAAGUUGCUAAUUAUUUCUCUGGUCUUUUGUUUGUAAGACUUGUAAAAAGAGGUAUUCAUCUGUUGAGAUUCAUCUGAGUUGAGAGCUGAAUCUGAUAAUGAUGGGACACAACUUUCUGUCGCUUUUAAAUGAGUAUGCAACUUGGAUGAGAUAGGUCUGCUCAGAAAAGGAGUAUGUCUUUCCAAAUAACAUUUGUUAUUGAACUAGUUGACAUCUGCUUUAUCCUUGAGAGAAGGACAUCCUGUGUAAUUAUGGGCUAGAAGAAGACUGUGCAUCUACAUACAUAUAUAAUCACAAGUCCCUGGAGUAUUGCUAUUAAUAGAGGAAGAUGCCUUAUUUACAUUUGCUUUUCAGCUCCUGUGUCAUUCAGUAAGUUUCUGGCCUGAAAUUACAAAAACAAGUAAAAAAGAGGAGGGAAAUAAAGACUGAAAGAGCCAAGUAAAUUUUUACUGAAUUACAUUGGCUAGGUCUAGACCUUAUUCCAUUGCUUGUGUUUAGCAUUGAGUGAAUAUUUAAAUGUUUUAAGUCUUGAAAUAAGUGUAUUCUGGGUUUGUUUAUUGUAGAUUAGCUUUGUUUGACUUGCAUGUUUUUGUGUAUCCAGUUUCUCUGUGUUGCAAAGUAAAUUGAAAGUCUUAAAAUGGUAAUAUCUCAACUUAUUCUUUUAUGCAGAUUUCUUGGUUUGAGUUACCACUUGAGUUAAUGCUCACUUUUCUCCUUCAAUGACAUGAUAUACUAGCUAUAUAGCAAAAGAUCAUGCAAUUGUUCUUCCAAAUAUUAUCCUCUUGAUCAUGAAGCUUCUCUGAAGAAUGAUAGAUGGCUCCCAGGAACUAUCUGUUCUCUCUUAGAGUCUGUAGUUCCUAGUUAAACUGAAUGUACUGUUGAACAACAGUCCUUGAGAGCACUUGUACGCCAUAUACUAGGCCCUCAGAAUAUUGAGUCUUCCCAUCCAUCACAUCCUCACAGUGAUAACUGAAGAAAAUUGUUAACAGCUGCUGGGAAGGAUUAAAAUGGAUCUUUCUUUACCUUUUUCCUUCUUCUGGUUGCAGAUAUACACAGAGUACAUGCCUAGCAAGAUAUAAAUGAUAUGCUGCUAUGACUCAAAAUUAGAUGGACUGAAAUAAAGGAAUCUUCCUACUUUUAACUGCUAUUUUCUUAGGUGAGGAAUACUGUUUGUAAGAAAUUCGUAAGCACUGAAUGUCAUAUAAUACAAAGCUUCUGAGAAGUCUAGGCCUUUAGGCAAUUUGAUAGUUGCCAAAAAAAACAUGUGAGAGAAUUUUGAAAAUAAUGUAUUGUUUCUGUUUGAGUAGACAAGUAAAACUUGAUUGUGUUGACAUUAGGCUAGAAGAAAGAAAAAGUAAUCAUCUAGCACCUUUCACAUCUCAUGCAGUGCCCGUAACAUCCUGGGAGAGGUCACAACUGUUGUGUUCUUUUUCUUUUCACGUAUUCACUGCUUUGAAAUUAUACAUCUGGUUAUUUUUGAGUUAUGUUAGUGAUGACAAUGGAGAAGUCACACAGCUGACAAUCUUCAUUAUAUUUCAUUUCAAUGUAUUGUAAUAAUAUGGAGAAGGAAUGAAGCUUUCUCCCUGCUGGUAAUAUUAAACCAUCUUUAGAUACUGUUUGGACAAGUAGCAUCACUAUCCUAAAAUAUAAUGUAAGAUUUUGUUUGUUAUAGAUUAUCAUUGCUUGUUUGAUUUGGUGCUACUGCUGGUUGUUGUUCAAAAAAAAUAAUCCAGUUUUCACUUUUUGAUAUCAUAAGCAAGGGGUAUAGUAUAUGGAAAUUAACCAGAACCUGUCUACAUGCCCAAUGACAGUAACUUCUGUUAUGCAGUUCCUGCUGUGCACUGCUGUGCUACAGGCACAUUCCGUGCCUGCCUCUUCUGGGUUCUGUGGAGGGAUGACAUACUUUAAGUGAUGACAAAUUAAUGCCAAAGCUAAAAAACGUGUGGGCCUUACAGGUUGAAAAAGCAGCAGUUUAUGUGAAUGUAAAAUGACAUGAUUGGUGCAGAUAUUGGUGCUUGUGACGUUUGAAGGGUUUGAUCACUGAUUGUAGUUCUGAUCUGGUUAAGACAGUGUUACAGUUGUUACAGUUCAUUUAAACUUACCUAGUCCUUGUAGCUUCAAGCAUGUAUGUAAAUGCUUUGGUGGGUCACAGUUACAAUGUUUGAUAUGUUCUUUUUCUGAAAGAGUUAAAGUUGAACUUGGUUUUCAUAUUUUGAAAUGUACUCUUUAAUUAUAUUUGCAUGAUAUCCAUCCUUUCAUAAGAGCCUUAAUAGGAAUAAAGUUUGCUGCCUCAAAGGUAUGUCUGCAUUGUGCUGUUUAAAGAUAACUGCUGAGCUUUUAAAAUUUGAGAUUCAUUUCUUAAGUUGUACCUAUAUGAAAAUAAAAAUUAAUACAAACCUGCAGUCUUCUGGUAAUUCUACUCCGGUAAACUUGGGCCCCUGCACUUGGAUACUGUUCAAAAUAGGUUGAUUUCUUUUCAUUGCUCUUGUACCUCUCAGAAUUCAGCCUACAGCAGCUCAAUAUAAGAGGUGUGUGUGUGGCUCUUCCACAUCUGCUUUAAAACUUUCUAAUUUCCUGUAAUCUAAAAUAAAGUACUAGUAGUGCUUGUAUUUCCAUGCCAGCCUUGCUUGUGUUGUCUCUUAAUAUGAUGUGACACUUUGUAUGUUGAUCUUGUAUUAAAGUAUAUUACUGUUGUUCUGUUA